AUGUCUACUCAGCAAACAAAACUCUCCAUUGUCAGCGGUGCGACCGAUGAGCCGCUAUGGACUUCCACUUUAGGCGCACUGAUCGAAACCCAGGCGAGGCAUUAUGGCGAACGUACCGCUGCAGUAUUUCCAUGGCAAAAUGUGUCGAUGACUUAUCGAGACCUGCUUUUCCGAAGCAAGCUUAUUGCCAAAGCCCUGCUUGCCUCUGGAGUCCAGCAUGGGGAUGCGGUGGCUAUUACAGCCGGGAAUUGCUUUCAAUACAUCGAAGUGUUUUUUGGGGCAGCUCGAAUUGGCUGCCCCGUGGUAGUUUUGAACUCUACCUACACGCCGUCUGAGCUAUUACGAGCAGCAGCAUUUUCUAAAUGCAAAAUUGUUUUCGCAGCACGGUUCUCUGGUCCUCGGGGAGAUCUGUCCGAGCAUCUCCAUCACCUUGCUAGAAAUUGCAGAGAUGAUGUUCAACUCAUUCUCUUUGACGACUUGUUCAAGGCAUCGGAUGCGCGAGUAAAGUCGACCACAUACGACGACUUUGUUGCGCGGCAAGAAGUAUCACGCCUUAGCGAUUUGCUGUUGAUGAAAAAGGAGUCACUUGUCAAGGCGGAUGAUGUGCUCAACAUACAAUUUACCUCUGGCACAACUGGCUCACCAAAAGCCUCUAUGCUCACACAUAUAAAUUUAAUAAACAACGGCAAGCUUGUUGGAGAUCAACUUCGGCUUACUCAAACAGAUGUCAUCUGUUGUCCACCACCAUUGUUCCACUGCUUCGGUCUCGUCAUGGGUCUUCUUGGUGCCGUUACGCACGGGAGCUCGAUCGUCUUUCCUUCGUCGCAGUUUAACGCAGACCUGAUUCUGGACAGCAUUGAAUCUGAACGGUGCACUGUUCUAUACGGUGUUCCAACUAUGUUUGUCGUCGAACUGGAAGCCAACAAAAAGCGGAAGAGAAACACGUCAUCACUUAAAAAGGCACUUGCUGCUGGCUCACUGGUCCCACAAGCCGUGAUGGAUAGAAUCAAGCGAGAAAUCAACCUGGAUACUGUGCUGAUUGCAUAUGGCAUGACCGAGACCAGCCCAGUAACCUUCGGUACAGGCUUUGAUGACCCUGCGGAAUACCGACUUACCUCUGUAGGGACCGUCUUCCCCCACACCAGCGCCAAAAUUAUCGAUUCCAAAGGCAAUAUUGUGCCUCGCGGAGUUCGUGGUGAAAUUUGCACCAGUGGAUAUGCUCUUCAAAAGGGGUAUUUGAACAACCCUCAAAAAACGGCAGAGGCGAUGAGAACAGACCGUGAUGGCGUGCUGUGGAUGCACACGGGGGAUGAGGGCGUCAUUGAUCAGAACGGAUAUUGCCGAGUAACUGGUCGAAUUAAAGACACGAUAAUUAGAGGUGGCGAAAACAUCAUGCCAACCGAGAUUGAAGAACGGCUUCUGGCUCACGAGAGCAUCGCGGAGGCAAGCGUCGUCGGUCUACCGGAUGAAAAGUAUGGUGAAGUUGUGGCAUGCUUUCUGCGCCAAAACGAAGCGUGUAUCAGACCUGAUAACGCCGGCAUUGCUAUCUGGGUGCAGAAGACUCUUGGCCGCCACAAAGCCCCCAAGUAUGUAUACUGGAUUGGGGAUGCCGGGGUUGGGCAAGACUUUCCCAAGACGGGAAGUGGGAAGCACCAGAAACAUAUUCUUCGGGAUAUUGGAACGAGAUUGUUGCAGAGCGCUGCUGUGGCACAGGUUGAUACACUCAGGGCACGAUUGUGA